AUGGCCACCAUCACAUCAUCAGUACAGCCGGUGACGACCACCUCAGCAUUGGGCCUUAUGUGCCUACCACCUGAAUUGCGCAACAUGAUCUACGAACUCGUACUCAUCCCCAUCGGACCCAAGGCUAAGGUCAAUCUCGAGGAUGCCGACCCUCCCACCAAAGGUCUCCUCCUCGUAUCCAAGCAAAUGCAUGCUGAGACGCACGCCACGUACAACCGCAUCUACUGCGGGUAUUGUAGGAACACUAACUUCGUGAUAGAGCUGUGCAGCGUCACCGGUGCCUUUGUCAAAGCCGGACUCGAAUUGGAGACAGUCGACAAUCUACGCGAUCGGGAUCUCACAAACAUCCGCCUUUGCGAGGUACUAUUCCCGGGCGAGGUGCAACUAAGAGCGAUUCACAGCCACGGCAAAUGGUUCAGAACAGACAGACGUGUUGCACACAAUUCUCUUCAGCCUCGACCCCUCCCCCUGUUGAGCUGUACUUGA